AGCCAAGCUGAUAGCUGCCUUCCACAGUCUCCUCCGCCGCCUGUCUGCCAGGAGCAAGCCAAGGGAGAUGAUGGAGCCCCAGGAAUACCGAGCUAGAGGGAAAGAGAUGGUGGAUUAUAUCUGCCAGUACCUGAGCACUGUGCGGGAGAGGCAGGUGACUCCAGAUGUGCAGCCUGGGUACCUGCGAGCCCAGCUACCUGUGAGUGCUCCUGAGGAACCCGACAGCUGGGACAGCAUCUUUGGGGACAUUGAACGAAUCAUCAUGCCUGGGGUGGUACACUGGCAGAGUCCCCACAUGCACGCCUACUAUCCGGCCCUUACCUCUUGGCCAUCCCUGCUAGGAGACAUGCUGGCUGAUGCCAUUAACUGCUUAGGAUUCACAUGGGCUUCCAGUCCAGCAUGCACGGAGCUGGAGAUGAGCGUCAUGGACUGGCUGGCGAAGAUGCUGGGCCUCCCUGAGCACUUCCUGCACCACCAUCCCGGCAGCCAGGGGGGAGGUGUCUUGCAGAGCACCGUCAGCGAAUCUACUUUGAUCGCCCUGCUGGCAGCCAGGAAAAACAAAAUCCUAGAAAUGAAAAUGUUGGAGCCCGAUGCUGAUGAGUCCUCUCUGAAUGCUCGGCUCGUCGCCUACGCCUCUGAUCAGGCUCACUCUUCAGUGGAGAAGGCUGGCUUGAUUUCCCUUGUGAAGAUGCGAUUUCUGCCUGUGGACGACAACUUCUCACUCCGAGGAGAAGCUCUUCAGAGAGCCAUCGAGGAAGACAAGCAACAGGGCUUGGUGCCUGUCUUUGUCUGUGCAACAUUAGGGACCACCGGAGUCUGUGCAUUUGACAGGCUGUCCGAGCUGGGCCCCAUCUGUGCCAGUGAGGGGCUGUGGCUCCACGUCGAUGCUGCUUAUGCUGGGACAGCCUUUCUGUGCCCUGAGCUCCGGGGAUUCCUGAAGGGUAUCGAGUACGCUGACUCCUUCACUUUUAAUCCUUCCAAAUGGAUGAUGGUACACUUUGACUGUACUGGGUUCUGGGUUAAGGACAAGUACAAGUUGCAGCAGACCUUCAGUGUGAACCCCGUCUACCUCAGACAUGCCAACUCUGGGGCAACCACAGACUUCAUGCACUGGCAGAUCCCCCUGAGUCGGCGCUUUCGCUCCAUUAAGCUCUGGUUCGUGAUUCGGUCCUUCGGGGUGAAGAAUCUUCAAGCACAUGUCAGACACGGUACAGAAAUGGCUAAAUACUUUGAAUCUCUGGUCAGAAAUGACCCUUUCUUUGAAAUUCCUGCUAAGAGGCACCUUGGUUUGGUGGUUUUCCGUCUGAAGGGUCCCAAUUGUCUCACAGAAAGUGUGUUAAAGGAAAUAGCCAAAGAUGGCCAGCUCUUCCUUAUCCCAGCCACUAUCCAGAACAAGCUGAUCAUCCGUUUCACUGUGACAUCCCAGUUUACCACCAAGGAGGACAUCCUGAGAGACUGGAACCUCAUCCGAGAGGCUGCUACCCUCGUCCUGAACCAGCACUGUACUUCCCAGCCGAGCCCUCGGGCCAAGAACCUCAUCCCAACCAGAGGCUCCAGGGACCUGACCAGUGGGCUAUCCCUGGAGUCUGUCAACGAGGGAGGAGACGACCCAGCUCAGGCCCGGAAGAUCAUCAAGCAGCCCCAGCAGCUGGGGGCCAGUGUGAUGAGAAGGGAAGUCGGCUGUGAUCUUGAAACCCUGCUGGAUCCACCUGACGAAUGCUUCUCAGAAGAAGCCCCAGAUGCCACCAAGCACAAGCUGUCGUCCUUUCUGUUCAGUUACUUGUCCGUCCAGAGCAAGAAGAAGACAGUGCGUUCCCUUAGCUGCAACAGCGUGCCAGUGAGUGCUCAGAAGUCACUCCCCACAGAUGGCUCAUUGAAGAACGGGGGCUCCUUCCGGGCCAGAAUCUUUUCCAGGUUCCCGGAAGAAAUGAUGAUGAUAAAGAAAAGCGCCUUCAAAAAGCUGAUCAAGUUCUACAGCGUGCCCAACUUCCCGGAAUGCAGCUCUCAGUGUGCCCUACAGCUGCCCUGCUGCCCUCUGCAGGCCAUGGUGUAGAGCCUCCGACCAGAACGCUAGGAUGUGCUUCGGGGAGUUUGCGAACCCCUCAACAUGGUGUGCCGCUUGUGUGCUUCUGUGUGUGUGCGCCUUGAGUGCUUCUGUGUGUGUGCGCGCCUUGAGGGGGAGCAAGUCCAUAACUUUGAUCAUAGCCUCACGGGGUUCAUGACUCACAGUGGACGGUAAUUGGGGAGUUUAAGCCCGGAUGCUUAAACUUAAGUUUAAUGCUCCAGAGCGUUGCAGCAGCCCGUCAGACAGAGGGGGUAGGAGGGAGGGAUCCUAACUGUUAAGCUUAUAACAUGAAAUGCAACCUAGAAAUAAAUUGUGCUUAUAUCUGAAAUAAACCAUAGUCUGACUUAACUGACGCCCAAAACGCAGGUGACUAAGCAAAUAAUGUGCUAGAGGUGCCAUGCCUGUGCCCCGGUCCUGCUUUACAGAAGGCUGAAGAUUUUAAUUUAGUCAUGAGAAAGUAGAAUUGGAGGAUCCCUUGGUAUCAAGCAAGGAAGGCAGCUUAUUAUGUGAGACAGGGGCAUAUUAUAGAGCCCUGGCUGGCCUGGAACCCAUUCUGUAGACCAGGCUGGCCUCGAACUCACAGAGAUUCACCUGCCUCUGCCUCCUGAGUGCUGGGAUUACAGGCGUGUGCACAACCCGCAGUUUGUAUUUUUAAAGCAUCAAUUCUCAGUUAACACUGUGACUUCCACUUGGUUCAUGUAAAGCUGCGUGUCCUCAUUUAUAAACUGUUUGCAAUUUCCUACGCAGGAGUCUUAAAAACAAAACAAACCAACCACCCAAACAACAAGAAAACCUACUAAUUCCUGGGGCUGGACACACAUUUCAGUGGUUAACAGCAUGCAUUGCUCUUGUAGAGGACCCAAGUUCAGGUCCCAGUAAC